AUGGAACAUGGUGACAAACCUAUUAUUACGAGUCUCGCUAUCUCACGUUCGCCCCUAAUUUCUCUUCUCUCUCUCUUCCUCACUCUCCUUCGUUGUGAUACAUUUCUCAUUCAUGUAGGCUCACAAGAGCGUUUCUCUCGUCUCCAUCAUCAAAGGCUCUCGCUGCCUCUCCAUCAUCUCGUUGAACCACAAUUCAAGCGUGUUUCGACCCGCUUUAAAGAAAGCUUCAUAGGAGUGGAGGUAGAAGUUAACCUAGGUUCUUUGAAAGUCAUUGAUUACAAUUACAACCAAGUAUUGAUUAGGGUUCCUCCUACAAGUUAUCAAUUUGAAGAUUCCAUCUCUAAGUUGGUAAAGAUGUUCGAAAAAGCUGGUAAAGAGGUUUAUUUAACACCUUACUUGCAUCAAUCUUUAAUGAUUCAUUUCCAAUGGAAGUUGCCGACAUUAAAGACAUUAGAAGGAACUGGACUUCUUUUAGUUUAAGUGUUAGUAGAAACUUGACUACAAUUCAAAAGUGUAUGUACAUUAAUGUAAUAUUUAGAUUUAAUAUAUAGUUUCAUGUAUAAAUGAUGUAUUAAAUAUUAUUAGACAAUUUAGUGUUUGAAAUGAAUUCUAUUUUAUUAGGUGAGAUGAUAAUA